CAAUUUGCACGUUCGUACGCAGGAGAACACCAUGAUGAUGCAUCCACCAGCCAAGCGGUCGCUGCACAAGCACCUUGGCGCGAUGAAGGCGAUGGCCGACGACCCUGCGUUCACGCUCAGCGGGUCGGCCGAGUGGCGCACAAAGUACCUCGGCAAGCUGCACGUCGGCCGCAACUCAUCGACGAGCAGUCGGGCUCCGGACGCAUCGGCCCUCGAGCGCAAGAAGAGCGCUCCCAUCAUGAUCCCGACGUCCACCAACAGCAAAAGCCGCAGCGGGUCCUGCGACAGCGGCUUCUCUUGGGAGCAUCCUUCGCACUUUGCCGCCUCGUCGCCGAGCUGGACGACAGACGAUGACGACGACGACGAUUUUCUCUUUGACGCGGCCGACGAUGACGUGUUUGGCCUCGAGCUGGCGCCGACCGAGUCGGACGCCGGUGCGCGACCGGCGCCGCGACGGACGGAGGCCUUUAUUCCGCCGCACCAACUCGUCCAGCGCGACUGCUUCUCCCUCGGCAUUACGCGCGAGUUCCGCAAGAAGCCGACCUCUGCCAUUUAGCCGUAGUUUCCGAGUCGCUUCCGUGUACAAUUCCCCGUUAUUUAAUACUACAGCCCACAAACAUGAACGAUUGCAUCCAG